GUAUGGGUAGGCAUGGCAACGGGCCUGAACCCGUGGGGCCCACCCUGGACCCGCCCUGAUUUUGACGGGGAAAACCUGAGUUGACCGGGGUCGGGGUCGGGUUUUCCCCAAUAGCCAAAGUCGGGUUCGGGGAUGACAAACCAAUGCAGAAAAAUAUACUUUCAUCUUUGUGUUGACAAACAUUAUAGAAUGUUAAUGAUAAGAAAACUUUUCGCAAAUUGCUGGGAUGAAGGGAGAAAAGUUUUUUCAAUGCAGAUUCAAAUUCAAUAUCUACAGAGUUUCUGUUUGACUUGAAUGAUAACAAAAUAAGAACUUUGACACAAGUUCAAAUUAUGAAUGAAGUAAGAAAAACUUCAAAUUCAAUAUCAAUACUAGCUUCUGUUACAGGUUCUAAUUCAAUAUAAUGUUACUCAUUGAUAAUAGGAAUUAUGAAUGAAAUAAGAAAAUUUAAAUCAUUUCGAUUAGCAGAAGAUAUUACUUCAUGCUUACUACAAAGUCUAAUGUUACAACAUAGUUGUGCUCAGCAUAACUAAUGUUACAGAAAAUUAAUGAUAUUCUUAAUUGAAUGAACCGUUUUCAAGUAAGUUAACAAAGCAAAUAGGAGGAAGAUCAAGUGAAUUCCAAAGUAACAGUUCCCCAUCAACACUUGAAGAAUCCAUGUCAGGUGAUGCAUGUUGGUGUUCUUGUUCCUUUUUCCUAUCCAUUGUUGCCAUGAACUCUUUCUCCUCCUUAUUCUUCUCAAGCUUGUUUUUGCUACAAGCCAUUUGAAGGCUUGUUAAUUGAUCAGCUAGUACUCUUCCCUUCAUGUUUCCUGAUUCAAGUUUCAACUUCAAGCAUUCAGGUAUCCAUUGAAGGCAUAGAGAGAAGCUGAGAACUUCCUCUCAUAAGUCAUUCUCUUCAUCACAGCUCUAAGCAUUGAAGGCUCGUCAUCGUAGUUCUCAUUCUCAGGCUCCACAGGGUCAUUGAGGAAAUCAGUGAAUUGGUCAAUUGAGAAUUGUGUUGAACCUUCUCCAUAUGCAUCAACUUGUUGGUGGUGUUGCAUUUGUUGGUGGUUGAUGAGAAGUGAGGUGGACGAGGACGAGGACGAGGAACAAGCGUUGUUGUUGUUGUUGUUUCUUUCUUUAAGCCUUUGAAGGAGGAGAUUGGUGAUCUUUGAGGAAAGAGCUGGACUUGUGGAGGAUUGAGAGCAAGGCCAGAAGUUAGUCCUCAUGUUGGCGCCGUGAAGCAAGCAAGCAGCCUCAUCAUAGGCUCUUGCAGCUUCCUCAGCAGUGUCAAAAGUUCCCAACCACACUCUUAUCUUCUGAAUGGUGUCUUUGAUCUCAGCCACCCAUCUACCUGAUGGCCUUUGCCUUACACCAACAAACCUCUUCCUUGCUCUUUGCACCCCUCCAAGUGCUGCAGCUUGUUUCAUCAUCUCAUCCCAACCCAAGAUGCAGAUGCAACAAACGCAGCAGCAGGCCACGGCGACACCAUUCUCGACCUGCACUCCUCCUCCUUCCUCCGGUGGCUCCGCGUCCGAGGCACCGCCAAAGCAGGUGGCUCAAGCAAUGGACAAGCUCGGACAGGCCGAACGAAUCAUCGCCGACAUCCGAAUCGGCGCCGACCGCCUCCUCGAAGCGCUCUUCGUCGCGGCGGCGCAGCCUCACCAAGGCAACAAGCCUCUCCAAGUCUUCCUCAAAGAAGACGCAUGCAUGCGUCAGUAUCUUCAAGACCUUCGAUCGCUUGGUAAGGAGCUAGAAGAGUCUGGAGUUCUCAGCGAAUCAGUUCGAUCGAGGAAAGAUUUUUGGGGCUUGCAUAUGCCACUGGUUUGUCCAGAUGGCGCUGUGGUUGCGUAUGCGUGGAAACGACAACUUGCAGGACAAGCAGGUGCUUCGGCCGUUGACAGGACCAGGUUAGCUCUCAAAGCUUUCACUGAUCAGAAAAGGCGUUUUUUCCCACAUCUUGAUGAUGGACUUGAAACUAGUGAAUCAGCAUCGAAGAAAUGUUGUGGGUCUGAAGAAAUUGCAGUGGAUCCCAAGGAAGGAAUUAGUUUUCUAAGGACGCUGCCGGAUGUUCUGAAGUCCUUGGAGAAGGAUGUACCAAAUCUGAAAAUAUUAACUUUUGAACGAUUGGACUGGUUAAAAAGAGCUUCCACACUUACCUCGUCAACAAAUGAGAAUUCUUUGGAACAUAACUAUCAUGGUUCGAAUAAGCUAAGGCUAGGAUCAGUGGGAACCGUCCCUGCAGAGAAGGUUGCAGUGAUAGAAUUGUUAUUCCCGUGUGUCUUCAGGGCUGUUAUAUCCUUACAUCCUGCUGGUUCCAUGGAUCCAGAUGCUGUAGCUUUCUUUGCUCCAGAUGAGAGCGGAAGUUAUGUGCAUGCAAGGGGGUUUUCAGUUCAUCAUGUGUUUAGACAUAUUACGGAGUAUGCAGCAACAGCUCUGCAGUAUUUUCUUGGGAACCAAUCUGAAACGUGUCUGUAUUUUCUUCUGCACUGGAUUUGCAGCUACCAGACACUGUUUUCAAGACCUUGCAGCAAAUGUUCCCGGCUACUUGCAAUGGAUAAACAAUCAACUUUAUUGUUACCUCCAGUUCAUCGUCCUUAUUGGCAGUUUUCCUUUUCUAAAAUUUUGUUGAACAUAUCCUCAAAGGACCAGAAUUCUGAUACUACUCAGGCUUAUCAUAUUGACUGCCUCUCUGAGGAAACAUAAUUGCAUCUACCAGUGACUCAGGUAUAACCCAAGUGCCCAAUUCAAUGUGGAACUACCAGGAGCAAGAGUUUCCAUUUCAUUGUUGUAUGUAUGUUCCCCUUUUCCUGUCAUGUACAGGUUGGAAGGUAAGGGGUUGGAGAAGCAAUUUGGUUAUCUUUGGUCUAUAUUUUCCAUCUCUUAGAUUGGAAUUGGAUCUUCAGGAAAUUGACGAGUGCCUGGCUUGUUUUGUAAGCCUCAUGAAAGUGGCUGCCAUCUGUUCUAAAGAUUUCUCAGAUAUUCAUUGAGAAGUUCUCACGUAUAAUUGCCACUAGACCAAAAAGUACAAGAUAGGAACAUUAUGACCUGCGUAUGCUAAAUGAAAGUGCCAGCUGACUGUAAUUUUUGAAAUUUAUCAGCAUGUGAAUACAUUAUAAUGACCGUCUGCAAUAUUUCUUAUUUUAAAAUGAUGCUGACUACAAUGUAGUACACGACUACCUUCUCCGUAUAAUGGUUAUUAUAUAAUCACUACAAAAUUACAGUGUA